AAGAAAAGUAAACAAGAAGAUUCUGAUUUCUCUCAUUCCAGGAAGAAAGUUGCGAUGUCGAGCCUCAUUGUAGCUGGCUUGGCACUGGCCACAGGAGCGGCCACUGUCAGAGCUGUUACUCGCAACCUACCGAGGGCCACGGCUGCGGCACAGGCUGCUGCGAAGAGAGCCGCGCCACAGACUCCACCACCAGCAGCAGGCGAUGGUGAAGCAGCGUCAGGGUCGGCAGGCGCUGCUGGAGAUGCAGCCGGAGCUGCUGCAGGCGCAGGGGCGGCCGCAAAAGCACAGGCCAACUGGUUCAAGCAGUCCAUGGAUGACAUCUUCGGCAGUGGACACUAUAAAGGUGGAUUCGAGGUGAAAAUGUCACGAGCUGAAGCGGCCAAGAUUCUUGGAGUGAGUACGACGUCGUCCAAGGACUCUGUAAAGAAAGCACACAAACGGUUGAUGCUGAUAAAUCAUCCAGAUCGAGGUGGAUCAGCGUACAUGGCGCUGAAGGUCAAUGAAGCUAAGGCUAUUCUCGAUCAAAAAAGCACCGGUGGUCAGUGAAUAACUACCGAGUGGAACUUCACACUGGUGUGACUCUCUCUCUCUCACUGUCUCUCUCUCUCUCUCUCUCUCUCUCUCUCUCUCUCUCUCUCUCUCUCUCUCUCUCACACACACACACACACACACACACACACACACACACACACACACAAACAAACACACACACACAAACACACACACACACACACACACACAGUACAUAGGCGAGUGUACAAAGCUGCUGAUCCACACACCGCGUCUGUACAUACUGAACCCCGUCUUGUAUACUCAUAAAACAUGACCCGCACGAAAACUUAGGAAAAAGACUCACUUGACUUCUGAGUUAUUUAAUCAUGGUUCACUAUUAUUUUUUAACCAUAUUGCUACUUUGAAAUCUUUCUUGAAAAAUGUACACGUACAUGUAGGACCUUUAUCUGAACUCUUAGCGACAUGUCGACAUGGCAUUAGUAUGCAAUCGGCUGCUGUGCAGCCUGCUACAGUCUA